AUGGGCAAGGCCGAGUCGCUCGGUAUCGAGUCCGAGGGAUCGAUAUGGUUGGCCGAACAUCCAAAGAGCCUGUUUCUGUUCGACGAGGAGAAUCCCUUCAGAAAGUUCUGCCGAAGCAUCGCCAGGAGCGCAUGGUUUGACAUUGUCAUCUUCGCCGUGAUCUUCGCCAACACGGUUACGAUGGCCUCGCUGGACAUGAGGGACCCGAACGCGCAGAACGCCGAGGGUAUGGCCGAGGCGGAGUUCGCGAGCACGAUGUUGUACGCGGCGGAGGCGCUGGUGAAGAUCGUUGACCAGGGGUUCUGGUUCGCGCCCGACACUUACAUGGACAGCGGGUGGAACCAAUUUGACUUUCUGCUGGUGUGCGGCACCCUCGUGAGCCUCUUUGAGUCCAGGCUCGGGACGCAGUUCCUCGCGCUGAGGGCGUUCAGGUGCUUCCGGCCGCUCCGCGCGAUGAAGAACUUCAGGGACGGUCAGCUGUUGAUGCGCACCACGCUCGCGGCCAUUCCCCUGCUCCGCGAUGCCCUCAUUUUCCUGUGCUGGUUCAUGCUGGUCGCGUCAAUCACCGGGACGAUGCUGUUCGGCGGUAAGCUGAACGCGCGGUGCGUCGAGCCCGCCGGGUGGGAUAACUCGACGGUCGUGGGGUCAUGCCCGGUCAAGGAACUCGUGAACAGGACGUACCAAGUGGCCGGUGAGACGAUGACGCGGCAUGUGUGCGAUCCCCACCGGAAAGGGCACGAGUGCGACUACGACGUCGGCGAGAUUUGCUGCAACUCGAACACGUACCCGCAGGCUGGGUUUUUGUCGUUCGAUAACUUCUGGAGGUCCGCCAUCAUCGUGCUGCAGACUAUCACGAUCGACGGAUGGAACGAGAGCGCGAAGUUGGCGGCGGACGCGAGCGGCAUCGCGCGCGUGGGUCCCUACUUUGCCAUCCUGGUCUUCUUUGGCGGCUUUUACGUCCUGCAGCUGUUCACGUCGGUGAUGAUCAUCACGCUGUCACACUGCAGCGACAAGCUCGAAGAGCAGGAGGCGGAGGCGGAGGAGAGGGAGCGCCUGGGUCUACCCCCUAUCCGGGGUACCGCGUUCGACCUCCAGGAGGACAAGGUUGGAGAGUUUGUCAACUGGCUUGGCAAAACCUCAGCACGCGGGUUCGUCGUGGCGAAACGAAAGAUUGGCAUAAAGGAGAAGGACCCUUUGGCCGAGGAGAAACCCGCGCUGCCCGAACCGUUCCUGAGUUACUCCAGAAAACUCCAGCAGCUGUGCGAGAACGCGUGGUUUGGUCGCACGGUGCUCUUCGUCAUCGUCAUGAACACCGUUUCGAUGGCGGCAAACUCGUACGGCAUGGGCGACGCAUACUACGAGGUUCUGGACGGCUGCGAGCUGACCUUCACCAUCGUGUUCAUCGUGGAGUUUGUGAUCAAGCACCUCGCGUACGGCCCGGAGUGGUACUGGUCGAACCGGUGGAACAUCAUCGACGGCAUCAUCGUCAUCUCGGGCGUCUUGGAGCUGUCGAUGGGGAGUGGCGCAGAUGGCGUGGCGCUCCUGCGCAUGCUUCGCGUGAUGCGCAUCCUGGCGGGUCUCAAGGGUCUGAGGCAGUACCGGGCGUUCCAGACUGUGUUUCGGGCGGUGAUCAACGGCGUGGUUCGCAUUGGGAGCUUUUGCCUGGUGUUCUUCCUGUUCAUCACCGUGUUUGCCAUCCUUGGCAUGCAGCUGUUUGGGGGCUCUGGGGACAUGAACGUGCAUCGCUCGCACUUUGACAACUUUGGCACGGCGGUGAUGACCCUCUUCAUCAUGUGCACCGGCGAGAACACCUUCUCGGUCGGUUGGGACCUGAUGCAGGCGACGGGAGAGAGCUCCAGCGUCAUCUACGUGAUCGUUUGGUCCCUCGUAUCCACCUCCCUCCUGGCGUUGGUUUUGGGAGUCUUGAUCGAGGCUGCGUCCAGGCCCAUCCAGGAGGAGCUGGAGGGUGGCGGCUCAGGGGGUGCCGGUUUUGGCCCAGACUCGAUCCGAACAAAGAGCGGAAAGUUUGUCGAAAUUCGCGGUGAGGAGACGGCGCUUACCAUGCUAACUUCCAGUAAGACCCGACAGGCCCUCGAGGCCAUCGAGAAGCUUCGCAAGAAGGGCGUGGAUGAGGCAACGAUCGAAAAGAGCGAUGAGAUGCGUACGCUGAACCGGCUGAGGGAGGAGGUCAGAGCCGAGGUGGCGGCAGUUCGCAUUUGGCUCUUCCAGACUGGCAUGGACCUGCAGGUACGAAAGUCUACGAUACCCAUGCCCUCGUCGCCCGUGUCCAUGCUCAGACGACAGCGGGAGAUUGAGCUCGAGAACCAAGCCAAGGUGCAGGAACUGAGUGAUGGGUUCUCGCAUGAAGAGCUCCAUGAGGCACGGGAAAGGUUGGUGACAACCACGGCACACAAGAAGCUUGCCGAUGUUCCGGAAAACGUGGUGCAGAAGGAGGCAGCGAUCAAGUUCUCCAUCGGCAACACCCAGUCCACUGUGAGCAGCGUGGAGGAGAUGCUAGAAAGAAAGCGGAAGAGGAGGGAGCAGAUUCUCAAGGAGGAAGCCGCCGCGAGGGAGGAAGAUCCCGUGGUGCGAAGGGAGCGAUUGUUCCGCGAGCGAUGCGUCCAGUGCGGUAUCGAGGUUGACAAACCGGACUCCUGGAACACGGCGAGGGCAAAGUGUCUCUCCAUCGUUGACCAGCGUUGGUUCCAAGGUACCGUCUUGGUGCUCAUCGUGAUCAGCGCCUGUUUGCUUGCUCCGCAGUGCGACGCAGACUGGCCCACGCCCGGUUCCAAGACAGAGACAGCGAUGGAGGCCAUCGACAUCUCGUUCACCGUGGCCUUCCUCAUCGAGAUGGUGCUGAAGCUUGUCGCGCUGACCGUCUACAGCGGCCCCAACGCGUACAUCAAGGACUAUUGGAACUGCCUGGACGGGUUCAUCGUCACGAUGUCCAUCGUCACCCUGCUCUUGGACCUGAUCUCCGGUGGGAGCACGGGUGGGGUGCUGAAGGUUUUCCGCGUUCUCCGAGUGCUUCGCCCGCUGCGCGUCAUCAAGAACGUCCCGUCGCUCAAGCUGGUCAUCGACGCGACCUUCGUGUCCAUGCCCGCCAUCAUAACGGUGUGUGCGAUGGGUCUGCUCUGCUUCCUCGUCCUCGGCGUGUUGGGCAUGCAGCUCUUCAAGGGGACGUUUUACUCGUGCACGCACCCAGGCGGGAACCCCGGGGGCACCAAGGACUCGUGCGAAGCUCUCGGUGGGGAGUGGCGAAACGCGCCUUUCCACUUCGACAACAUCGGUCAAGCUAUCAUCUCCAUCUUCAUCUUGUCCACCGGAGACAACUGGCAGGACCUCAUGUGGGAGGGCGUGGACUCAGUCGGGGAGGAGAAGGAGCCGGUGUACAACAACAGGAGGGUUAGUGCCCUGUUCUACGUGGUGGUGGUCAUCAUAACGUUCUUCUUCUGGCUCAACCUGUUCGUGUCCGCCCUGGUGGAUAACUUCAGCCAGGUGGCGAGUUCGAUCCAAGGGGACGACGAGAGCACCUCCGGGUACUGCUACAGUGAAUCCCAGCGCAAGUGGCUCCUCGCCCUGAAGGCUGGCCUGGAUGCGGCAAGGGAAUCGUGGCGAGACAUUGAGGAAUCAACAGUGGGUGUGGUCCGGCGAGUUUGCCUGAGGAUGCGCAAGUGGAAGUACUGGGAGUUGUUCGUGACCCUGUUUAUUACCGCGAACGCGAUCCAGAUGUGUUUCUUCCGCGUGGGCGUCUCCGAGGAGGAGCAGAACGUGAUGGACACGCUCGGCAUCGUGUUCUGCUGCCUCUACGUGGCUGAGACGGUGGUGAACAUCAUCGCCAUGACCUGGCCGGUGUACUGGGACGAAAACUGGCACAAACUUGAUUUCGUUGUCACGGUGUCCGGUGUGAUUGAGCUUGCGACGAGCUUCACCGGGGAGAGCUCCUUCCUCACCGUCUUCCGCACGGCAAGGUUCUUCCGCCUGUUCAAGGUGCUGAAAUCAUCCCCGGGGCUGAGGUCGCUUGUGGACACAUUCCUUACAGCGCUCCCGUCCAUGCUCAACAUCUUCGGUUUGAUGCUCCUACUGAUGCAUAUCUACGCAUGCCUCGGGUGCACGCUCUACGGCAAGAUCGACCCGCCCUACGAAGGGGACGGACUCACCCCUUACACUAACUUCCAGAACUGGGGCAACGCGAUGUGGCUCCUCUUCGUGACCCUCUCGGGAAAUUGGGUCACGGCGUUUCAUGAUGUCUUCUGGUCGUGUCAGAACAUGGAGCAAGAUCCGGUGACUGGCGCAUACGGUUCAUGCCCCUAUCGUGUCAGCGCCGUGCCUUAUUUCUUCAGCUUCGUGAUCUUUGGCAUCUGCUUGCUGUGUAACCUGUUCGUGGCCAUCCUGCUGGAGCGAUUUGAUUAUGCGUCCACGAUGGAGGGAGUGUAUGACGACAGGAACCCGUUUGAUACCCUGUUCCGUCUGAACGUCAUUCGACAGUUUGUGUUCAAGAUCAGGAACAGGAUGCGUCUGGUGCGCGCGUUGAAGGCGAACAAGAAGAUUGACACGGAUGGCCUGGAGUUCCACGAGAUCAAUCUGAUCAUUCAGAAGGAGCUGGCCCGGCAGAGGGAGAACAGAGCGAACGGAAUCGAGGAGACUCGGGAGGGGAGGCCCAAGAAGGAAAACACGAUGUCGAGGCUCUCGACGUACCUUCAGGGUAAGGGAUUGGUGUCGACUAGGACCCUCUCGAUGUUUGCGGAUAACAUCGGCGAAAAGAAACCGGGGAUGUUCUCGCAGGCGGCAUCCAGGCUCGCCCUCUCAGGGAGCUGGACCAAGAAGAAGGAUCAAACAUCACCAAAAUCGCCAAAAUAAACGUGUUGUGCUUGUAGUAUGAUAGGUUCUCUCAUCAUCAGAUAUUAUCAC